UACAUUGUUUCAUUAGUGUGUGUGUAAUGUAUUUGUUUAUCAAUCAUUCGCGCAGUUUGUAGGCUAACGAUGAGUCAUUUGAACCAGAUGGUGCAAUCUUGUAUAUGUUAACAUUAACAGUAACCAGUCAACUUCGAACCUAGUUUUAUGAUUCACUGUGACUUGAGUGAAUCUCUGUUAAAGCUGUCAAAUAUGGCAUGUGAGGAAACGAGAACUGAGGAAAACCUGACAGAGGAUUCAGACAGACAAAUCCACACAGAUGAGAUGAAACAAGAAACUAGCCAAAACAUUUGUCAGCACUUCCUCUUGGGCAGAUGUCAUUUUGGAGACAGAUGUCGACUGUCUCACAGUGUACUUGACAUCCCUCAAACCACACACUCAGAAGAAGAUGAUACAGCCAUCACAGAAAAGCAGAGCAAGACCCGAAAAAACAGAAAAAAGAAAAAUGCAGAAAAGCAGCAUAUAAGGAAUGAGAAGGAAGGGUGUAAGAAGAAGCCACGCAUGCGUACAGCCGACGAUGUCAUCUCCAGAAUUAUAUGGGACUCCUCAGUGGACCCAGCUGAUUUUAUAGUCGGUCACCUGGACCGUUUCCUUGGGGUGCUGGAACGCCCAUUCUCUGACUUCUCAUGGGACGCUCAGGUAUGUGACUGUGACUUCUCUGAGGAGCUGGCUCUCCCUCGUCAUAGGAUCCAGUACUUCAGCUACAAGGGCCAGCGGGUGUGGGAUAGGGACAGUCGCACUGACAGGGUGUUCGGUUCAACGGGGCAGACUAUUUUGCCCCCUUUUGGUGGUGUGAAUCAGCAACAAGACAAUUUAGCUGACACUGAACAACACGAAGAGACCACCAACACGACAGAUGACCAAGAGCAAGCGACUGAAGAACAGGAUGAUGGUGGAGCUACAAUUACAACAAAUAAACAAGAGCUGGGAGAUGUUGUAGAUCACUCAUUUACCGAAAAUGCUGAAGACGAUAUUUUACUUUUGCAAAAAGAAUCUGCACACAAAGACCAAAACACAUCAGCUGCUGAAGAUUUGAACCAGUUGGCAGAGGAGUUAUCCAUCGCUCCGAAAGAGGAACAGAAUGAAACAGUGGAAGAAUGGAAGGACAGCUGGGACGGAGAGAGGGGUACAGAAGCAGAGCCAGAAUCAUCCUUACCACAAGAACCUCGGUCCAACCGUCCUCCUCCACGCAAAGCCACCCACUUCAUCUGCUUCCGCGUGGACUCUCCCGCUGCUCUCCAGGCCUUCCAGCGUAUUCAGAAAAAGGUUCUCUCCCAGCUUCCUCAGUCAGAGCCGCUGUGGGUGGACCCUACAACUUUACACGUCACUCUUUCCUUACUUGUCCUGAAGGGCCCAGAGGAAGUCAGUGCUGCUGCUGAGCUCCUGCAUACCAUAAUCAGAAACUCCCACAAACCCCCUAUUUCUGUGUCUUUCACCCCCAAACUAAAGCACUUUAAUGGGACUGUUCUCCACGUGGCCCCACAACCCCUGUCAGAUAUCCAGAAUCUGAAUUCCCCUCUCCAAGAAGUCUUCAAGGAGAAGGGCUGGCUACACCGCCAUUCCCGAUGCCCAACGUACCAUCUUACCCUGGCCAAAUCGCAGAAGCCCAUGACAGAGAAGAUGUUUGAAGGGAUAGGGACUGUUAAACUCGCCAAAGAUAUCAACUUCGGCAAGCUAGAAGUAAAUAAACUCUAUCUUUGUGUGAACAGUCAUACAAACACAGAGAACAGUUUCUAUCAGGUAGUAUGUGUUGUGCGGUUGCCCAAUGUGUAAAAGUGCCUGGUUAUGUAACAUCUGAACUCGGGGUUGAUGGUUAAUUACCACAUCAAAUACUUUAUAUAUUUAAAUUAAAAAUUUUAAUCAUGUACUCCUAAAAUGACUCCUUUCCAAUCCCUGAUGUUUAGACACAGGUUUCCCAAUGAACACUGUAAAACCUGAUAAAUUAAGAAUACUCAAAACAUUUGAGGAAACUUAUUGCCUCAAAACAUUUGAGUAAACGAACUCAAUUUUUUUUAAGCUAGUAUAGCAUAAAAUUUUUAUAACGAGUGGGGUGGGGCUGAGAGCCAUGGGAGCCAAGCCAAGCCUCAUUUCCAUGAUCCCACCCCAUUCAUCACAAUGAUAAUUAUAUACAACUUGCUUCCAUAAACAGCACAUUCAUUCAGAUCUUUAUAGUUAAGUGCUAGUUAGCAACAACACACUGGCAAAUGCUAAUGUUGUUAUCCAAAACACUUGCAUGUAAAUAGUCAAACAACAUGCAGUAUAUAUAGUCUUUAAGUUUUGCUGUCCAUCCUCAACCUAACCACAGGCUCUACUCUUCACCACAACGGUAACACUACAAAACCAACAUAACAGAAACCUAUGUAAAUCCUAACAUAACACAACAUUUAAGUACUAAUUUAUGUCUCUUUUUGUUAAUCUUGUGCAAAAACUCACAAAAUAACAUUUAAUUUCUACAUUUAUUUUCCUUGUUGUCUGAUGCAAGGCAUGCUGGGAACUAGAAAACACAAUCAUUUUAAGUUCACCUUUCUACAACUACAUUUUGAGUUUACAGAACUUAUUUAAAUUAAGUCCAAUGAACUUUCAUUAAAUGAAAUGAGUUAAUUUCACUCAAAUAAUAAUUCAUUUCACUGUUCGGUUUUACAGCGAAUGACUGCUUAUUUUAAAUGUAAUAGUUGCAAAAGCAAGGAAUUUACGCAUUUUAAAAAUGUUUACAAUAAUUUCUAUAAUGUCUAUAUCAUCUCUGUUGCAGUAAAAAACACUGUUCUAUUUUAUAUCUUUAUAUUCUCUCUUCAAAAACUCAAAUUUUGGAUAACACAAGCAUUUGCGACAAUGAAAGUUCUUUAUGUUUUAGUUAUCUUACAUGUACAGUAGUCAUAUUUCAGUGUGGAAGCAAAAUUAAAUUGAAUGGCCAAAGAACUGAACAGCUUUGACAGUUGAAUUUGAUAUUAUUUUUUAUUUUUGUGUGUAUUUGUUUACCCUCUCUUAGGUAAAGACACACAACAUUCACCUUAAAUGUACCUGGUAAUUUCUUCUUUUCCUGUUCAGUCAUUCAUUGUAAGAUGUUGCUAAGUGACUCAGUGCAAGGCAGUAUUUUUGGAUCGGUAAUCAAAUUGGAUGUGAGGGUGAGUGUGUAAUUUUUUAUUGAAAGUGGACUGGAUAUAAAUAAGUAAUUUACCAUGUAUUUCAACUCUGUUUUUAUAGCACAAGCUCUCAAUUAUUCAACAUCAAACAAACAACUCUGAACAGCUGUACAUUUAGACCCUGAAAUGUCUUGAGACCAUGAAAGUAAAUCAAACUAAAUGACAUGUUUUAUGGAUAUUUUUUUUUGGCACGCGUGUUACAGUAGCAGCUCUGUCUGAGAUGUGAGCAAGGAAGUCUUGCAUACAUAACAACAUUUUCUCUUUCCUCAUGCACACUACACAUAUAUGAAUGCUUGUGCAGUCUCUUUCUCUCCAUCCCUCCCUCCUGUGCUUCUCCGUCCAGCACCCCUCCCCCAUCCUCACUUGCUUUCUCUUUCAGUGACACAGAAAAACCAACACCACCCUCCCUCUCUCAUGCAUUCAU